UGUACACAAUGUCAUUCCUGUUCUAACGCUUCUCGGGCAUCAUUUGAACGAGAAAAGACGCGUCAGUGAUGCGAGUCGCGUCGGAUGUACGUCGGUUGGCGCAGCGUCGCGCUGAUUCGAAACAGCCGCGUUCAAAGAUUAUGAUAUCCGCGCGAGAUCGAAUGUGUUAGGAACUGUACAUAAGGGAGCCUGAAGAGAACUGAUCGCAAGAUGUCAAUUGGACUGGAAUAACUAUCCAAAAGCUGUUUGCUCAAUAUGAUACUUCAAGCCAUCAUUUUAAUCCUCACGGCACAAAUAUGCUACAGCAACCCCGAUGCAAAGAGGCUGUAUGAUGAUUUGUUGUCGAAUUACAAUCGGCUGAUCCGACCAGUCUCUAAUAACACUGACACGGUGGUCGUUAAACUAGGACUUCGUCUUUCUCAGCUAAUAGAUCUUAAUUUGAAGGAUCAAAUCCUCACAACGAACGUUUGGCUCGAACACGAAUGGCAGGAUCACAAGUUUCAGUGGGAUCCAGCUGAAUACGGCGGAGUCACUGAACUCUACGUACCCAGCGAGCACAUAUGGCUUCCGGACAUUGUCCUCUACAACAAUGCCGACGGAGAGUACGGGGUGACCACGAUGACGAAGGCUAUCUUGCACUACACCGGCAAGGUCCUUUGGACACCCCCGGCGAUCUUCAAGUCUUCCUGCGAAAUAGACGUCCGCUACUUUCCAUUCGAUCAACAGACUUGCUUUAUGAAGUUCGGUUCGUGGACCUAUGACGGUUUCCAGAUCGACUUGAAGCACAUUAACCAGAACAUGGGAGACAAAGUGGAAGUUGGCAUCGAUCUACGCGAGUACUACCCCAGUGUCGAAUGGGACAUCCUGGGUGUUCCGGCGGAACGUCACAAGAAAUACUAUCCCUGCUGCCACGAGCCCUACCCGGACAUCUUCUUCAACAUCACCUUACGUAGAAAGACGUUAUUCUACACGGUGAACUUGAUAGUACCAUGCGUGAGCAUUUCCUAUUUAUCAGUACUGGCAUUCUACCUGCCAGCUGAUUCGGGCGAGAAAAUCGCUCUUUGUAUCAACAUUCUUCUAUCUCAGACUAUGUUUUUCCUCUUGAUAUCUGAGAUUAUACCAUCGACGUCAUUAGCGCUACCAUUGCUGGGCAAGUAUCUGCUCUUCACGAUGAUUCUAGUCGGUCUGUCCGUAGUGAUAACCAUCAUCAUAUUGAAUGUCCAUUAUCGCAAACCGAGUACCCAUAAGAUGGCCCCGUGGGUCAGGAAGAUUUUUAUAAGAAGACUACCAAAAUUGCUGUUAAUGAGGGUGCCCGAUGAUUUAUUGAACGAUCUCGCUGCUCAUAAGAUCCAUGGAAGAGGGAGGUCCGGUAAGAAGAGCAAAUUCAACGCUGCUGUUUCAGCUGCGGUGCAGUCUUCUUCCAUCGUGUCCUCUCCGGAUUCCGUUCGACAUCAGCGAAUCGGUGCUUGCAAUGGACUGCACACCACCAGCGCGCACAACAGAUUCCUGGGAGGGAUCGGUGGAUACAAUGGACUUCCUACGGUGAUGUCCGGUCUGGACGAAUCCUUGAGCGACGUAACACCGAAGAAGAAGUAUCCUUUCGAACUUGAGAAAGCUUUACACAACGUGAUGUUUAUUCAGCAUCAUAUACAACGUCAGGAUGAAUUCAACGCGGAGGAUCAAGACUGGGGUUUCGUUGCGAUGGUCCUGGAUCGUCUUUUCCUCUGGAUCUUCACGAUAGCCUCCAUGGUGGGUACAUUCACGAUCCUCUGCGAAGCUCCGGCACUUUACGACGACACGAAACCCAUCGACAUGGAGUAUUCUUCCGUGGCUCAACAACAAUUUCUUCCUCACGAUGACUUGUUAGAUACUCUUGUGUAGGAUCGUUCAGAAAGUGUAGAGAAACUGGGGUGUUGAUUUUCCGUUUUGUCAAACGUUGCUAUUUAUUUCGUCGUGCUAACUGCAAGUUAGAAUCUUCUGUAUCGGUUCGAAUAAAUCAACACUUCCGGAUUCUUCUUCCCAUUUUAUCAGGAGAUAUACAAUUUUCGAUAGCGUUUCGUAUCUAAGAAUGUAUAUUUCAUCUGUACUCGUCAUCAUAUAUGCACAAGUGCUCUUGAAUAACAAUAAACGUGUUAUCGUGCAGCUGACAAGAACAUAACAUCGCAAUAUUAAUUGGUAGAGAUUUUCUAAGGUUGUUUACGUAGAACGUUUACGAAUAUGCUCGUCAACAUUUAAUCGUGAAUCACGAUGAUACGUUUUAUGACCGAUAUUAGUAUCUUCUCGAGGAACGACCGAGAACAUCGUUACUGUAGUAUACGUAAUUUUUCAACUAUUUAAACAUAAUCAAUCUUUUUCAUUACAGUCGAGACAUGUACUCGAAAUUGUUCGAUACCUUCUAUGCUUAUCAACAUGAAAUAAACGAGUAAAAAUUAUUUAAUAUUGCUUGAUUUUUAACAACAAUAUCAACUGAUUCCUAACGUGAUUAGCUAAAAGAAAUAGGAAAUAAAAGAAACUAGAAUAUUCAAGGAACCAGAAGGAUAUCCACAAAAUUAUUUUUAUUUCGAGUUUUCCUUUACAUAAGAGACGUCAUUUGAAACGUUGAAUCAGUAUAUUCAAUGUAAAUAACUUGAACAGAGUACUAUAUAUCAUUCGAGCACGAAACACAAGGUGAACCAUCUUUUUCUCCAAUAUAAUUCGGAUGUUGUUCUCAUACUCGUAAAUCCUUUUUAUGGUUCACUUAAAAAUACCUCCUUCAUAGGAUACCCUCUAUACACAUUUAUAAUUAUGCAGGAAUGUUUCACUGAAAGUCCCGGAAGCACCAAUAAAAUACAAAAAUAAAUACGAAUGGAAAUAUUGUAGACAGGAGGCGAACGAUUGUUCAUUCUACUCACACACAUUCUGCUCGCUCUUUUAUCAAUGGAAUGCACGUCGAAAGAAACAAGAGAAUAAGAUUCAGAAGUUACACGUGAUCGAGUCGAAAAUGCGAAAAAAAGGAAGGAAACGUUCUUUCUUUCGCGAUUUCGAGCAAACAUUCUUCUCCUUGUUUCUCCCGGAGA